AAACACCCCUAUUGUAGGCCGACUUGGAACAUUCCACGGGCUACUCCUGUUCGUCCCUCUUUGUCCGGUAGAGAGAGAGAAGGCCACGAUAAAUUAUGGCACAAUUCGCGUUUUUCCUCAUCAAUUUCAGUUAAAUGCUGGACCAGCAAACGUACGUCGUGCCAGCGAGGACCGGGUUGCUGGCCGUAACCCACCGUGGAGUCUGAAUUGUAAACGGGGACGAGCGGCCUGAGCAACGGAGAAAGGUAGUGUUAGCUAAAUGGCUGCCGAAUCGGGGAGACUACUGGCGGGACAAGGAAAACGAGGCAAAGCCUCACAAAUGAAGAGCCCAGAGAAGAAGAAAGCGAGGAAGUCCACGUCACAGGCGGCGGGGUUCUCGCACCUCACAGAGUUUGCGCCCCCUCCCACGCCUAUGGUCGACCACCUGGUGGCCUCCAACCCAUUUGACGAUGACUUUGGACCGCCAUCGCGGCCCGGCGGAGGGGGCGGGCCUGGCGGUGCCCCGUUCCUACCCAGUCCAGGUGCAGGCGGAGGAAGCGGCUAUGGCGGUGCAGGCCGGAUGGGCGGCGGAGCCAUGGGUUUCAUGGGGGGACCAGGCGGUGGGCAGCCUGGACCUGGGCGCAGGCCGCCGUUUGGACCGCCAUCAGGUGCUGGGCCACCUCACCACCAGCUGGGCUUUGGGGGGAUGCCUGGUUACGGGGGAGGGGGCGGGAGCGGCGGCGGUGGGGGAGCAGGUGGGGGUGGUGGGUUCCCUCCCGGGGGUCCGUCCCAGUUCAAUAUACCACCAAACUUUAGUCCCCCAAUGCACCCCGGGUCAGGCUUUAACCCCAUGUUGUCUCCAGGCGCUAUGGGAGGUCCUGGAGGAGGGGGUCCACCCCACCCUCGAUUUAGCAUGCCGCCACAACAGCAACAUGGACAGGGCGGGCACCCUUUCAACAGCCCACCGUUACCUGGUGGAGGAGGCCCUAGAGGGCCCCCGCAUGGGCCCAUGCCUCCCAUGGGUGGCAUGGGGCCCGGUCAGGGGAUGAACAUGAUGAGUGCGAUGGGUGGUGGUCCUGGAGGUAACAUGUUGGGGGGUUUACCGGGCAUGCCCCCUCAAGGACAAUUCCCCCCUUCGCAGGAUGGCCCGUAUCCUGGUCCCAGCCCACCAGGACCUGGCAAUGAGGAUGGAAAGAAUUUUGGCGGAGGAGGACCUCAGCCUGGUCCUCAGCAACAGCAGAUCAACUUAAACCCAAAUGGGCCCCCUCAGCCUAAUAACGCCACGCCUGGCCCCCCUCCUAACUCUGGUCCACAACAGCCUGGAGGAGACUUCCCGGGCCACCCUGAUAUCCAGCAGCCAAAUGCCGGCACUCCCGGCCAGCCGUCCUCGGCGCAGCCCCAACCCAACCCCAACUCCUCGCCUGGCGGCCCCCUGAAUGGUUCGGGCCAGGCCCAGCACCCGCCCCCCAACAAUGCCAACACCCCCAACUCGAACAACUCCGCCCAGCAACAGUCCACUCCACCUAACUCUGCCCAGGGCUCUGUCUCCCACAACCAGCAGAACAAUAACCUCGGUAGCGGCGGUCCCAUGCCCAACACGGGCCCCAAUUCGGGUCAGAACAACUUGUCCAACAACAAUGGAGGCAACACCCCUGGCAGCAACCCCAACCCGCCCUCCAACUCCACCUCUACCCCCAACACGCAGUCCCCCUUGCCCCCCGGCCCGUCCGCCCCCUCGGCAGGUCCCGGCUCAGGUCCGGGGAAGCUCGGCGGCCCCGGCAUGGUGUUCCCCUGCGGCCUGUGCGUGUCGGAGGUACACGACGACCAGGACGCCAUCCUGUGCGAGGCUUCGUGCCAACGCUGGUUCCACCGCGACUGCACGGGCCUGACGGAGCCCGCCUACGGGCUGUUGACCAGGGAGAGCGCCGCCGUGUGGGCCUGUGACUUCUGCAUCAAGACCAAGGACAUCCAGGCCGUGUUUGUACGCCAGGGACUGGGCCAGCUGGUGGCCGCCAAUGAGAGCUGAGGGAAAAGAAAAACAAACAAACAUUUAAUCAGCCCUUUACGCCUUCACCCCAUAACCAUCUCUUGACAUCCAUGCUUGUAUCCAAACAUAGCACUUUGAGUGAAAAAAAAAAAAAAGCCCCCCGAUGACCUUCACAGGAAAAAAAAAAAAAAAAAAGCUGAAUGUUAUCUGACACACUCUUUCGGACAACCAGCACUGACACCAACACACUACCUCACACACACUGACUGGCACACGAGCUCCUGCGCUGAUUCAAAGCCACCACACAGUAAAAAUUGAUGCAAAGUUCAGUUUGAGUCGCCCCUGUAUCGCCCCUCCCCUCACCCAAUGUAUUUAUUAACGUCACACAAACAGUGCCUGAACUUUUCAUAAGUAUUUUUAAUCGUCAGGACAUGAAACAAUCGCUGUAACAUAAUCAUGUUGAAUCCAAAGCAGAAGCAAGCGGGGCUUACAUGUUGUUUUCCUCCAUACCUCACCGAGCAGAAAUCAUUGUAAAUAUCAGCAUUUUAAAAAUAAAAAAAAAAACAGCCAACUGAUGAACAAAAAAAAACAAGUUAAAAAAAUAUAUAUAUAAUUAAGUCAGCCAUUUUGUCUUUAUAAAAUGUGAACUCAGUGCUUUUCGGACAUCCUUGUUCUUUGAAAACGUGUCGCAUCAAACAAUGCAGUAAAAAGUCCCGUGUUGAUUAUUUCGGCCUUCCCGGGGGACACCAAAUGAUGAGAGAAAAUUGUCUUUAUUGAUAUUGUCCCUUCACGAUAUAAUGUCCAAGUUGCCUUUAUUUUGUUGUCUGUGUACUGAAAUUUUGAGCUUUUUGUACCGGCUGAUAUUUGUGCUGUGCUCUGGCGCCCUCUAGUGUAAGCUGGAAGAAAAAAAAAAAAAACACCCGGCGGGAG